UGAAAAUUUUCUGGAGGAUUACAAAGCACUCAAGCCCUCAAGCCCUCAAGAUGUUCUUAUGCUGUAUCAAGAGAAUAACAAAUCAGUUUAAGGACAAACUAGGACAAGGUGCUUAUGAAACUGUUUUCAAAGGAAGGCUUCCCAAUGAUGUUCUAGUUGCUGUUAAGGUUCUUAACAAUUUCAAAGCAACUAGAGAAGAGUUCAUUAAUGAAGUUGGAUCUAUGUGCAGAAUCCACCAUGUCAAUGUCACUUGCUUGAUUGGAUUUUGUGCAGAUGGAAAUAAAAGAGCUCUUGUUUACAAGUACAUGCUGAAUGAAUCAUUGGAGAAGUUUAUCUUUGCAACCAGCGACCAAACUCAUUCCCUUAGUUGGGGGAAGGUUCAAGAUAUUGCAAUAGGAAUGGCCAAAGGAAUUGAGUACCCGCAUUAGGGUUGUGAUCAACAAAUCCUUCAUUUUGAUAUCAAGCCUCUGAGUAUCUUUCUGAACCAUAACUUCAAUCCUAAGAUCUACGACUUCACUCUAGCAAACCUGUGUUCCAAGGAACAAAGUGCUGUUUCUAUG